AUGCGAUCAUAUAGUUGAGAGAGAGAGAGAGAGAGAGAGAGAGAGAGAAGAGAAGAGAAGAGAGCAAUGUCUAACUUAUUGUCUGUGACCGAAGUUCAGGUGGAGAGCCACGUGUUUCCAGCCAUGGUGAAGCCUCCGGGUACCACCAAAACAUUAUUCCUCGGCGGAGCAGGGGUGAGAGCAGGUGUUUAUAGGGAAGGAGAAUUUGCAAAGGUGACGGCCAUCGGGGUGUACUUGGAUGAUAACGCCGUUGAAUGUCUUGCCGUUAAGUGGAAGGGUAAGAGCGCAGAGGAGUUGGCAGACUCCAUUGACUUCUUCAGGGACAUUGUCACAGGGCCCUUCGAGAAAUUCAUACACGUAAAAAUGAUCCUGCAUUUGACGGGCAUGGAAUACGCGGAGAAGGUGAAAGAAAAUUGCUUGGCUUAUUGGAAAGCUACCGGAACUUACAACGAUGCCGCUGGAGAAGCCAUUGAAAACUUCGUGAAGGUUUUCAACGGUGAAGACUCCCCGCCAGGAGCUGCAGUUUUGUUCACUCAAUUUCCCUGUGGAUCCAUAACCAUAAGCUUCUCUAAGGAUGAAUCCAUACCUGAAACUGGGAAAUCAGUUAUAGAGAACAGAGAAGUGUCGGAAACAGUUUUGGAAACGAUUAUUGGCAAGAACGGUGUCUCCCCUGCAGCUAAGCAGAUCUUGGCGACAAGACUAUCGGAAUUGUUGAACAGUUGCUCAAAGAACCCUGAGAAAUAAAAGUUGGUGUUUGGGAGUAAUAUUAAGGUGUAUGAGGUUAAUUUUCUCUUUCUUUUGUGAUUAAUUUCUUCAACAAUCUAUUUAUGCUAUCAGUGUGUUCUGUUUGCUGGAGAAUUUGAGCGAGAAUGGAUUGAUCUUUAUUCUCUUCA